UUGUCAGGUUCGAUCGAUCGAACGGAAGCAAGGGAGUCGGGACCAUUCACUGUAAUGGGGACAAGUGUGUGAGGUCUUGGCAAGAUUGACAAGGUCAGGUCACAUCGAUUGUAGCCACUGGGGUGGCGCCCCAUUCUCUGGGCCGAACGCAGUGCACAUGGCAAGCUGAAGCCGAGGACCACCGUUCGAGGGGACCCAUUUUCAACUUUUGAUGAUUCAGUUCAAGUUCCCAUCCUCCAUCAGUCACGUCCAUUGACUUGGACGCGAACAACAACUACUGCUGCUGCCCGGUGCAUGCCGUUCGCUUCGUUGCAUUAGCCCUUGUUUCUCUAUACAUCUUGUAUCCUCUUACCAGUCCUCCGAUCACGACGUCCACGACAAAAGAGCCCUCAACUCUUGGAUGCGACCCGCGGGCUGUCAACUCCCCUCCCGACCCGGCCAGGGCUCACUCUUCAAGUCAAAAUGACCGAUAAUAAGCGUGUGGCCAAGGACAUCAUGUCCGGGCUACUACUAGCUGCUACCACAAUAUCCGUAUACUUCAUCUUCCGUGACUACGUCGCCCCCCACGUCGCAAAGCUCAUCGACCCCGACCGUGCUAAGCACGACCAAAACAGGCUGAAAGCUCAACAAAAUCUGGCCAGGAUACAAAAGUCACGAGACAAAUCCAAAGUUGCCAACGACGAGUUCGCCGACGAUGAGGUCCCCGAAGACUCACCCUCCACCGUGCGGGUUGAGGACCUCAUUCUCAACGAGUACGAGAGCCAGGUAGCGCUGGAAGUAGUUGCGCCCGAGGACAUCCCGGUUGGGUUCGACGAUAUCGGCGGUCUAGACGAGAUUAUUGAGGAGGUCAGGGAAGCCAUCAUUUACCCGCUCACGAUGCCGCAGCUCUAUUCGCAUGGCGGCACGCUACUGUCCGCGCCUUCGGGCGUCUUGCUAUAUGGCCCUCCUGGCUGCGGAAAGACCAUGCUGGCCAAAGCUGUGGCGCACGAGAGCGGCGCCUCGUUCAUCAAUCUGCAUAUCUCGACUCUUACAGAAAAGUGGUACGGCGACUCCAACAAGCUUGUACGCGCAGUGUUCUCGCUUGCGCUAAAGCUGCAGCCGGCCAUCAUCUUCAUUGACGAGAUCGAUGCCGUCUUGGGAACAAGGAGAAGCGGAGAGCAUGAGGCUAGCGGCAUGGUUAAAGCCGAAUUCAUGACUCUCUGGGAUGGUCUUACAUCUACCAACUCUCUUGGUCAACCCGCCAGGAUUAUGGUCCUUGGCGCAACCAACCGCAUCAACGACAUUGACGACGCCAUUCUCCGCAGAAUGCCCAAGAAGUUCCCCGUCCCGCUUCCAGGCAAGGACCAGCGCCGGCGUAUCCUUGAGCUCGUCCUCGCCGAUACAAAGCGCGACCCCGAAUUUGAUCUGGAGUACAUUGCUAUGGUAACGGAAGGCAUGUCUGGAAGCGAGCUCAAAGAGGCCUGCCGUGAUGCGGCCAUGGUUCCCAUGAGGGAGGCUAUCCGGAACCAAAAGGCCGCAGGAAAGUCGAUAAAGAAGCUGGAUCCCAAUACGGUGCGUGGUUUGCGCACGAAUGAUUUCUUUGGUCGCAAGGGUGGCGCGCCCAGUUUGGCGGCGGACAGCCGUCCCAGUUCCGUCAGGCCAGAGGCGGCCAUGAGCGAGAGAGAGAUCUAUGAAGUCGAGACCGAGACCGAGGACGUUUUGUCUUGAUGUGUGGUUGUGGGCAGUACCCCUGAGAAAUGGGGACUGAAAAAGAAAACACAGUGCCAGCCAAGCAGGCAGCAUUAGUGCGGGAUCAAAGGACAGCGAAGAAACUUUGGAAAGUAUUACGAGCGUCACACGAUCAUUUCCAAAGACUUGCUAGGGCAUUUGUUCUGACCAGGUAGAGGAAUUGGAACAGUACACACUCCGAAACAGGAGGCGGAGGCGCAGUCUAUCAAACCCAUAGAACCCAUCUUUUUACUGGUAGCCUUACUUUGGUAUCUCCAGCUUAUCUUGAUUUCUGGAAGUCUUAUGGAACAUUCAAAUCGGUCCUACCCGCGUGUGACCCAGGUACCAAUAUCCGCGUCCGAUCUCUCUAGGCGGUAUCGUGAUCCGAGACUGUAAAGGGUCACCGAGGAAGUCCUGUCCGAGUCCUUUCGAGUCCUAUCUAUACAGCCUCGUUGCCUCAUUAUGUUCUUGUGCGGCAGAGGAAGCAGGGCGUUUAAGCCUUUCAAGGCUGUGCAGACGCUGAUGGUUGUCCGGCCUGGCUCUUGAUUUGCCUGUUUGAUUACCUGACCGGUCUGUCUGAGGCUUCGAGGCCUGAACGUGACAACUGCCUGAUCCUUCAGCAGUGCCCCGAAACCAAAAUCGAGGCUGCAAUAUCAAUAAUCUUUUCGGUCAGCCCAAAACAAAACAGCACAUUUCCUUCACCACCGUUCACCGAAUGAACGCAACCACU